AUGCAGGAUGCUGGUGACAUAUCUGCCAAGACAGCAGAUGUGAACACUGACCUCAUGGAGUUUAUAAUCUGGAAGGAAAGCCAUGCAUUGGGGGAGGAUGGGACGGGGACACCCGGCUGCGCUACCUUGCCCCGCAUGCCACCCGACCCUUACCUGCAGGAGACUCGCUUCGAGGGCCCAUUGCCCCCGCCGCCGCCGGCCGCCGCCGCCCCGCCCCCGCCGGCGCCCUCUCACACUGCCCAGGCCCCGGGUUUCGUGGUGCCCACGCACACGGGGGCUGUAGGCACACUGCCACUGGGAGGCUACGUGGCCCCUGGCUACCCCUUACAGCUGCAGCCUUGCACUGCCUACGUGCCGGUCUACCCGGUGGGCACGCCCUAUGCAGGCGGGACCCCAGGGGGAACAGGAGUAACCUCUGCACUUCCCCCGCCACCCCAGGGCCCUGGGCUGGCCCUGCUGGAGCCAAGGCGCCCUCCACACGACUAUAUGCCCAUCGCGGUGCUGACCACCAUCUGCUGCUUCUGGCCUACGGGCAUAAUCGCCAUCUUCAAGGCAGUGCAGGUGCGCACGGCCUUGGCCCGCGGAGACAUGGUGUCGGCCGAGAUCGCUUCACGCGAGGCCCGGAACUUCUCCUUCAUCUCCCUGGCGGUGGGCAUCGCAGCAAUGGUGCUCUGUACCAUCCUCACCGUAGUCAUCAUCAUUGCAGCACAGCACCACGAGAAUUACUGGGAUCCAUAAGGACGCCCCCGCCCAGGCCCCACCCUGCGCCCCUCGACCUCCCAAUCGCGUUCGGCAGUCACGCUGAGAAACCAAUCGGCGCCGUGCACACCUGCCCUCUGGGGCCACCGGACCUCGAUACUUCCUAAACUCGUCCUCCUCGCCUUGCGAGGUCCUCAGGAACCCCGAAAAAACAACACACUUCCAGAGACGCCUUUUCCCGGGAUCCCUGCCAUACGCCAGACCCUCAGUCGCUGCAGGCCCCCAUCCCCUCUAACUGCAGUUCCCCAGCUCAGCUCCCUCACUCUCGGCUCCCCAGCCUGCAGACAGCUACCCAAGGCCCCGCCUCCCAGGUAGGCUCCGCCCCGUCUCCGGCACAACCCCGUCUCCAGGUCGGCAGGCUCCGCCUUCUUCCUCGCGGGGUGAUUCAGUCCGGUGAUUGGGUUUGUGGCUCCAGGCCCUGCCCCCAGACCGGCAGACUUCUCCCCUACUUCCGGCGCUAGGGCAGAGCCUCGAGGCAGCCACGCGCCAUGUUCACUCGUGUUUUUGCUGGUACAGUUCUCUCUCUUCCACCUGGUGGUCCGCCUAUUUUCUUGCUAAUUCCAGAAUCUCUAUUUUUGUUUGAAUGAGAUUUGGGUGGUUCCCAGUUUAGCACCCUUCACGUUGGGAUGAAGAGUACGUCCCUGUUUUCUGUACAUACUCCCACUUUUCUUGCCCCCAGGGCAGUUGAGCAGAAGGAAACCCAGGGUACAGACCUCCCAACGUCGGGAGGGAGCCGGCUGCUCUCCGCUCCCCUCGGCAGUCCCCACCUUGCUCUGAUCAGUAUGUGAGUCUGUGUGUGAAUUUCUGAAAGACAAUAUUAAAGAGACUAAGUGAAUUUA